UUUUUUUAAACAUUUAUUUACUUUAUGUGUGAGCACUGUGCCACAGCUUGUGUGUAGACGUCAGAGGACAUCUUGUAGGAGUCAGUUCUGUCCUUUACUUGAUGAACCACAUCACUGGCCUCUUUUAUUAAAAAGACUGAUGGACACCCCGUACCCCUCACUCCCAAGACAGGGUCUUACUAUGUAGCUCUGGCUGUCCUGGAACUCACUAUGUAGACCACGCUGGCAUUGACCUCACAGAGAACCACUUGCUUCUGCCUCCCAAGUGCAGGAAUUAAAGGCAUGUACCACUAUGCCUGACCUCUAGUCUUACUUUUUAAAGUGAUAUGUAGAGCAUAAAAACAUGGACUUUUAAACAACUAGUAUAUUGAUUAGACAAUUUCUUACCAGUAGUCUGCCUGGCAAUACAUAUAUAUCUUAAUGUGUUUUGUAAGAAACAUAUAUUUUGGUUGAGCCUAGGUCGUAAAAUAUGCAGUUAUAACCAUAAAUAUGACUGCUUAAUGCUUGGUCAUUAAAAUGAAAACCUACCUUAAGGUUUUUAUAUAUCAAAAUUGAUACCCAAAGGCAUUUUCUUUGGUUUAAUUCUUUAAUGUCUUGAAUAUUGUUUUAUAAUAUUCUUGAAAAUUCUUUGGUUAUGAUGUUUCUGUUUGCCUGUAAAUAAAUAUUUGCCUUCUGUUUGGGUUUCAAUAGGCCAAGAAAGUCUACUUAAUUCUUAAUUGACAAACUCGGGUUAGAAUGGGUCUAACUCAGAUGCUUUUCAAGAUUUCAAGCCUGUAUCUUUUGGACUGAUCAAAAGGAUGGAUUUUACAGAGGCUUACUCAGGCACGUGCUCUACAGUUGGACUUGCUGCCAGAGCAGGCAAUGUUAAAAUUUUACGGAAACUGCUCAAAAAAGGUCGAAGUGUGGAUGUUGCUGAUAACAGGGGAUGGAUGCCAAUUCAUGAAGCAGCUUAUCACAACUCCGUAGAAUGUUUGCAGAUGUUAAUUCAUACAGAUUCAUCUGAAAACUACAUUAAGACAAAGACUUUUGAGGGCUUCUGUGCAUUACAUCUUGCUGUGAGUCAAGGGCACUGGAAAAUCACACAGAUUCUUUUGGAAGCUGGAGCAGAUCCUAAUGCAACCACUUUAGAGGAAACCACACCAUUGUUUUUAGCUGUUGAAAAUGGACAGAUAGAUGUGCUAAAGCUGUUGCUUCAACAUGGAGCAAAUGUUAAUGGAUUCCACUCUAUGUGUGGAUGGAAUUCCUUGCACCAGGCUUCUUUCCAGGGAAAUGCUGAGAUUAUAAAACUGCUUCUUAAAAACGGAGCAGACAGAGAAUGCCAGGAUGACUUUGGAAUCACACCCGUGUUUGUGGCUGCUCAGUAUGGGAAGCUAGAGAGCUUGAACAUUCUUAUUUUAUCUGGUGCAAAUAUCAAUUGUCAAGCCUCGGACAAAGCUACUCCCUUGUUUAUUGCUGCACAAGAGGGUCAUAUAAAAUGUGUGGAACUUUUACUCUCCAGUGGGGCAGAUCCUGAUCUUUACUGUAAUGAAGACAAUUGGCAAUUGCCUAUUCAUGCUGCUGCACAAAUGGGCCAUACAAAGAUCUUGGACUUGUUAAUACCACUUACUAACCGGGCUUGUGACACUGGACCCGACAAAGUGAGCCCUGUUUACUCUGCAGUGUUUGGAGGACGGGAAGAGUGCCUGGAAAUACUACUGCAAAAUGGCUAUAGUCCAGAUGCUCAGAUGUGCUUGGUCUUUGGAUUCAGUUCCCCUCUGUGCAUGGCUUUUCAAAAGGACUGUGACUUCGUUGGAAUUGUGAACAUUCUUUUGAAGUAUGGAGCCCAGUUAAAUGAACUUCACUUGGCAUACUGCCUCAAGUAUGAGAAGUUUUCAAUGUUUUGCUGCUUUUUAAAGAAAGUUUGCCUGUUGGCUCCUUGGAAUCAUACAUCUGAAUUUAUAAGUUAUGCAGUUAAAGCACAAACAAAAUAUAAAGAGUGGCUGCCACAUCUCCUGCUUGCUGGAUUUGACCCAUUGACUCUGCUGUGCAGCAGCCCUUGGGUUGAUUCAGUCAGCGAUGACAUCCUUGUUUUUACUUUGGAAUUUUCUAAUUGGAAGAGACUUCCACCAGCUGUUGAAAAGAUGCUCUCUGUUCGUGCAAACUCCUCUGGGGCUCUUCAGCAACAUAUGGCCUGUAUUCCAUGCCUGACCCAUCUCUGUCGUUUGGAAAUUCGGGCCUGUCUAAAAGCAGAACACCUUCGUUCUGACAGUUUCAUCCAUCAGUUGCCACUUCCCAGAAGUCUGCAGACCUAUUUGCUCUAUGAAGAGGUUUUGAGGAUGAAUGAAAUUACAAGACCAGCAGCUAUUCAUAAUAGAGGAAUCAGUGAGGCCACCUGACAGCUCAUUUUUUAAUUCUGUUUAGUCAUAAAAGGUGGCUUGUGUGGUUGUUUGGAUUUGGGGGUAAUAGGAAAUGGUAACUAGGCUUCCCAAUUCCCCUCUUCCCCAAUAUUGUGAACCUUAUUCAUCCUGCCUUACUUAGUUUUGUCUCCAGUGCACUUUGUUGUAUAAUGUUUGUUUCCUUGACCAUUUUCUGCUUUAUUAUGUUAAUGAGCUGUGAUGCUGCUAUAGUGCUGGAUGUGACAUCUUUCCACUUAAGAUUCAUGUUCACCUGUACUCGAAGCUAAGGAUGGAAGUCACAAACUUCCCAGGAAGAAUAUAUAACAACUGUGCCUUUCAAUCACGUACCAUUGUUACUAUUUUAUUUAGGAAUUAAUAUUGCCUGUGUUUAUAAAAAGAAAUAUUCCUAUGUUUUCAUAAUGUUCUUAAUUCAGACAUAUUUAUGAGGUGUUGAUAUUCUUCCAUUUUCACAUGUAAACUCAGGGCAGAGGUUUUUUGUUUUUUGUUAAAGAACAUAGAUUUCAGUCAUAUUGCUGGUCUCCCACUUCCUAGAGCCUUUUAUUAAUACGUUUUGCCAAAAAUAUAGCCCAUUUUUAGUCUUUAGCAAAGACAAGAACACACCUAAAUUCAAAGGCAUACUCAAUAUAAAAAAUGUCAUUUUAGAAGUAUUGUACUCCACUUAGAAUAUUAAUAAGGAAACAUAAAAGGAGCAUUGCAGUCAUUGUGUGCUAAAUAUAGGAAUCAGGCUUCAUUCAGCUCCAGAAUAAGAGGGCAGCUUUUUUCCUAUGAAUAGCCAAAAAUAUUCUAUUAAUACAAUAUUUUUCCUUCUUAAUAUCUGGAUGUAUUUUUAGAACAUUGAUGAAAGAACUCAGAAUCCUGCCUUGUAAGUUUUUACAAUUGCUUUAUCUAAACCUCAAGUCAAAAAAACAAACAUCAAGACAGUUGUCUGAGAGACUGGAAACUAGCCUUGGGAGGAAGUUACUAGUGUGUUGCUGUCAUGAUAGGCAGCACAGGCUGGUUUCUGCAGGAGGCAGUCCUUCAUUUCUUGAUAGCAAUCUCCUGUGGUUAGAUAGAUCUUCUGGGCCCAUCUCUGAUAGGCCCUUGAAAGAAGCAUGAUAAAGAUUGACUUCAUUAGAACUGAUUGGGAAGACUGUCUCAUCUCUUACAUUCAAGUCUUGUUUGAUAUGGAUAUAAAGUUUGGUAUUGAAAAAUGAGGCAGAAAUUCUGAUUAGUUUAAUUUAAUAAAGAUAUUCCAAAAUUGUA